GAUUUUUUUUUUAUUUUUAAUUAGCGUUUGAAUUUUAACUAUUUCAUUUGUUCAAACAACCAAAAAGUUUAAGUGGCCACACAAUGUGGCCUGCCGCACACAAAACGAGCUGUAUAAUUAUUUAAUUUAUGUGAAAAAAUCAAUUAUUUAAAAAUAUUGUUUAAUCCAUAAACUAAUUUAUGAUCAAAUUCCAUCUAUAUCAUGACUUCGAACCCCCAAUAAAAAAAUAUUAAGCGCCAAAAGAUAGCCCACAAAAAAUGAGCGCCAUAAUAUCAUCCCAUCAUAUUCAAAAACCAUGAAAAUUCCAGGAAUUCACCUCCCAACAACAACAGCAUUAGCAGCAGCAACAAUUCAUAAACCCUCAUUUUCUCUCUCUUCUUCCCGCCAUUUUUUCUCUCUCCAAUUUCUCAACAACACCAUUUUCAUGGCACCUUCAUCUUCCUCCUCCAAAACCCUAAUUGAUUUCUUCCCCCAAUCCAACCCUAAACGCCGUAAAACCACCGACAAUGUCGCCGGAAGUAGCAACUUGCAGUCAGUUACUUCCCUUCCUGUUUCCUCUUCUUCUCUUUCGAUCACCGAUAAUGGCGGUUCCUGCGACGGAAACCCUAGCGAUGCUUCUGGGGUUCUGAGUGCUGAGCAGAAAUUUAGAAUGGAGUUUAAUAAAUCCCUAGCUUUGUCUAAAAGGAAUCUUCGAAUUUGUUCUGAAAAAGUUCUGAAUUCUAAAGCUGAAGGGGGUAAUGGCUAUGUGAAGCUAAAGGAGCUCCUUGUGGAGGAUUCAUGGUUGGUGACUCUCUCGGAGGAGUUUGAAAAGCCUUAUGCUAAGAGUCUAUGCAAAUUUGUUGAAACAGAAAUUUGUGGUGGCAAAGUUCCCAUUUAUCCUCCUCCAAACUUGAUUUUUAAUGCCCUCAACUCAACACCGCUUAAUAAAGUUAAAGCUGUCAUCCUUGGGCAGGAUCCAUAUCAUGGACCUGGACAGGCAAUGGGUUUAUCUUUCUCAGUACCUGAGGGUAUCAAGAUUCCUUCAAGUCUUGGAAAUAUAUUCAAGGAACUCAAACAAGAUCUUGGAUGCACUAUUCCAUCUCAUGGGAAUUUGGAGAAAUGGACUGUUCAGGGUAUUUUGCUGCUCAACACGGUCCUCACGGUUAGGAAUCAUCAAGCUAACUCUCAUGCUAAGAAAGGUUGGGAGCAGUUGACUGAUGCAGUAAUACGAACAAUUUCUGAAAAGAGAAGAGGUGUUGUAUUUAUCCUUUGGGGAAAUUGUGCUCAGGAGAAAGUCAGGUUGAUUGAUGAGUCUAAGCACCAUAUUCUCAAAUCAGCUCAUCCCUCUGGUCUUUCUGCUCAUAGGGGUUUCUUUGGAUGCAGGCACUUUUCGCGCACAAACCAGAUUCUGGAGAAGAAUGGGGAAUUGCCUAUCGACUGGCAGUUGUGAGCAGAUAUUAUAAAUAUCACAUUAUGAGUAGGCUUGCCCCUUGCCUUAAUUAUGGUCCCAAGGUCUAGAUUUUUGUUGCCUUAGCCAGUUAGCCCCCUUUGUGUAGAAAAAUAUCUUUCGGCUUUUAGGGUAGACCUGGGUUUUUUAAGCCGUAGAUGACAAUCUGGUAUGUACACGGAACAGUGACUAAUGUAUGCAAGGUGUCUUUUGGAGCAAACCUGGGGAGUUUUGUAUGAUAUAGAUGUCAAUGUGGUAUGUAAAUGGAACAAUGAUUUAUGUAUGCCUGAAGAUGAAGGAAUGCAAAUCCUCGAUGUCAUUGCGACUGUGAGCAAACACUAGCCAGUGAGACAUGUUAGUUUUGAUGUCAAAUUGGAUGAUAUAACAUUAAUAACACCCACUAUGGCGAAGGCUCUCACCUAAAUUUGUAGUCUGCAACCCGAGGAAGACUACCGAAAACUAGUACCUAGCAUGAACGAAAGGGAAAGGAACAGAAAAUUAGACGAUUUUCUGCAACAUUGGCCUUUAAGUUAU